AUGGAGGAGCAUAUUCGAAACAGUAUCUCCAAUCACCCCCAUCCCUUCCAGCAUAUGACGGUUGGCUCGCCUCAUCCAUCACAUCGCUCGGAGCGUUUGGCCUCUUGCGCCUACGACGAAGGCACCUCUACAGGCGUAGAGGCUGAAGACCCCAAGAUGGCUCAGCAGCAACAUCGUCACGUUUCUGCCGAUGAGGAGGGCAUGCCUCCUCCCCGCUACGACUCCGAAACCGACCCCUUCCAACUCGCCUCGAAGCUGAAGACCGACGAGGAAAUCCGCCAGAUCAAGGCCAAUAUUGGCCGGAAGCGCGAUAGAGAUGGGACUCGCAUGAUGGAAUUGGUGCGAGAGACUGGGGCCAAGGGCAAGAAUGCACUCGUGGCGCGUAAAUUGCAGGGCUUCUACGAGGAACAGAAUGAGAAUAUUGAGCGGUUGCUUCGUCCUGUGGAGGAACACGUGCGUGCUGCACGGGAGCUCAACUCCGAGAACAGCGUCAAGUACAAGAUUGCUGUGUAUGGCAGUUUCGCGGCCAACAUCAUCCUCUGUGUGGUUCAAGUGUACGGUGCUGCGUCUUCAGGAUCGCUUUCAUUGUUCACGACCAUGGCCGACGCGAUUUUCGACCCCAUGUCCAAUUUGACCCUCUUGCUUUGCAACAAGGCCGUGAAUCGCGUUGAUCCUCGGAAGUUCCCUGCUGGAAAGGCUCGAAUCGAGACUGCUGGAAAUAUCUGCUUUUGCUUCCUGAUGACUGCCGUGUCCUUUAUCAUCAUCGCUUUCUCCAUCCGCGAAAUCGUCGCCGGCUCGGAUACCCUCACCUCCUCAUUCCAUCUGCCUUCGAUCAUUGCAGUGGCUGUCGCGUUCGUGACCAAGCUGGCCUUGUUCAUCUUUUGUUUUGCCCUGCGUGACCAAGUCUCCCAGAUCCGAAUUCUCUGGGAGGAUCAUCGCAACGAUUUGCUGAUCAACGGAUCCGGUCUUGCGACCUCCCUUCUCGGUUCCAAGGUGCGCUGGUGGAUUGAUCCCAUGGGUGCCAUCCUGCUAUCUGUCUUGGUGAGCGGUCUCUGGUUACAUUCGGCAUAUGGCGAGUUCCAAUUACUCGUUGGUGUCACUGCCGAUACGAAGAUGCAACAACUCAUCACAUAUAUCUCAAUGACCCACUCCCCCUUCAUCACUGCAAUCGACACCGUCCGCGCUUACACCUCCGGCCCUCGACUCGUCGUCGAAGUGGACAUUGUCAUGGAUGACUCCGCCUCACUGCGUACUACCCACGACGUAGCCGAGGAACUACAGAUGAAGCUCGAGUCCCUACCCGAUGUAGAGCGUGCCUACGUCCACGUCGAUUACGAAACCACCCACAAACCGGAACAUUUCUUAAAGAAGGAGCUGUAA